AUACAUCUGAGCAUGGGUUCUGCAGUUAGUACUGCUCAGCGCAAUUGGAAGGUUCGAAAUCCGCCAGAAGCCGCGAAGCUCAAUGAAGGGGUUCUUCGUUGCGGAAUCCUAGGAGCCGCAAGGAUUGCACCAUCUGGGAUAAUCUUCCCUGCAAAAAGCCAUCCCGAGAUAACGGUUCUUGCAGUUGCCACCAGGGAUAAAACUAAAGCCGAAACAUUUGCUAAGAAAUAUGGAAUUCCGAAAGCUUUUUCUGGUCCCACAGGCUAUCAAGAUCUACUAGACGAUCCAGACAUCGACAUGGUGUACAAUCCAUUACCAAAUGGACUACACUACGAGUGGACACUGAAGGCGUUAAAGGCGGGAAAGCACGUACUCCUCGAGAAGCCUAGCACAAAUACAGAAGAAGAAACGAAAUUUCUAUUUGACUAUGCGGCAAAGAAGGGACUUGUUCUUCUAGAGGCGUUCCACUCGCGCUUUCAUCCGGGUAUAAAUCGCAUCAAGGAGAUAAUCGAGAGCGGUGAACUGGGAAAACUCAAGAGUGUAUCUGCAACGCUUAAUGUUCCCUGGCAGAUGCACUUAUUCAACGACGAUGAUAUUCGUUUCAAACUCGAGCUCGGUGGAGGUGAACUUAUGGACAUGGGCUGCUACACGCUGGCCAUGGUACGCUAUCUUACGGACUCCGAACCCUCCGACGUGAUAUCGGCGGAGGCUGAGCUUCUUCCAAAUCCGAACGACGACCCGUCCAGGCGUAAUAUCGACAUCGGUACCACUGCGUUGCUUUCAUUCCCUAAUGAUGUCACCGCAUCCAUUGCGUGCCACUGCCGUCAAAGUGGAUGGGGACCAUUUGGGCUUCUUCCGCGCAUACCCGGAGUUGUAUGCAAAGCAGAGUGCGAGAGCGGUACAGUUGAGAUAAACAACUACGUUUCACCACAUAUUCAUCAUUCUAUCACUGUUAUGCCGAAGGGAAAGGAAGGAAAGAAGCGCACCGAAGAGGCCUUUACGUUCCCGGAUGGCUUUGGGGAGUAUUGGUGGAGCAGCUACCGAUAUCAACUUGAAUUCUUUGUUGACAAGAUCAAGGGUCGGCAGCCACGAUUAUGGAUGGAUGGUAGUGAUUCUACGUUGAACAUGAGAUGGAUUGAGAAGAUCUAUGAGAAAACUGGACUUGGAAGUCGGCCCAAGUCGAAAUUUAGUUUAACGGAAUGA